UAAUUUAUCAUUUAACACUUUAAAUUCCAAUUUAAAUCAAUUAUUUUCUCUCCACUUUUGCACAACUAAUCGAUACGAAUUCGUAACAUAACCUAGAAACCACACAAGUGUUCACUUUCGUUUUUGACAGUUCGCAUAAAAAAUUAAAAUGGCGUUCGUGCAAGUCGUGCAGAAUUUGAAAUCGAAUUUGAGAAAUUUUGAGAAUUUAUUGUGGACUAUUCUUGGACAGCGUUUUCCUCAAGAUUCUUACAACUUAGCAAUCCUCUCACCAGCCUCGUCUCUCUCUAAUUCACCAUCAUCGCCAACAAAAUUCAAUUUAAAAGACCUAAUAGGCGAUGGCCUUUUAUGGGCAGUGCCAAAAUCCAGAAGAACCAUUGAAAAACGUCUAAACAGAAAAUUUGGUAACCCCGAUUACAUCUGGAAGCCUUACAUUCCAAAAACAAACAUACUAGUCUGUAAAAGCUGUGGACAUUAUCAUGAAGCAGGAAUCUUAUGCAAACACUGUUACGAUAAAGUUAAAAUAGAGACACAAGAAAUGCAGGACAAGAUUGUGAACGAUUUAGGCUUGAAUCCAGAUGAUAAAGAAGUUGUUGUGCUUUAUGAUGGUGAAAAAGUUGAUAAACCCGAUGAGGUAUGGCAAGGCAAAAGAAUCGUAGAAAUGAAGAAACAAAGGCCUUCCUGGUUUAGUAAAAAUCUUUUGCAGAAAUCAACACAAGAAGCGAAUACUACAGUUACGGAUAUAAAACCGAAUGAAUUAGCUUAA